AUGAUUAUUCUAACAAAUCACCUUGUAAAUAACAAUUCCUAAUUUCCUCCAAAUACUUAUCUAGAAAAAAAGUAGUCUUGGAAAUCAAGAAAUGGAAGACGAUGAUCGCGUAAAAGAACUAAAAGCCUUCGAGGCCACAAACGCCGGCGUGAAGGGCCUCACCGACGCCGGCAUCGAGAAAGUUCCGAGAAUCUUCAUCCGGCCCGCCGACGAGCUGGUGGAGGAGCUCAACUACGGCCAAUCUUCCGUGCAAGUCCCGGUGAUAGAGCUGGGCGAUGAUCACGAGAAGGUCGUGAGGGAGCUGGGAAGGGCGUCGAGGGAGCUCGGAAUAUUCCAGAUCGUGAAUCACGGGGUGGAUGCGGAGGUCAUGGAUGCUAUGCUUGAUGGUGUGAGGAGGUUUCACGAGCAAGAUGCUGAGCUGAAGAAGCAGUUUCACUCGCGCGAUGCGAUGCAGAAGGUCAAGUAUGCCAGCAACGUCGAUCUGUAUCGCUCACGCGCCGCCAAUUGGAGGGACUCCUUGACUAUCUCUCUCAUGGGCUCUCCUCGUCUUGACCCCGAUGAUUUGCCCCUCAUUUGCAGGGACUCAACAAUCAAGUAUGUUGAACAAGUAACUAGUCUGGGAGAAAAUCUAUUCGAGCUGCUCUCGGAAGCUCUUGGCCUAAAAAAAGAUCACCUAGGAGCAUUGAAAUGUGGGCUCAGUCGCACUUUCAUCGGCCACUACUAUCCACCGUGCCCUGAGCCAGAGCUCACAAUGGGCACCAGCAACCACACUGAUCCCUCCUUCCUAACAAUUCUUCUACAGGAUCAAAUUGGAGGCCUCCAAGCUUUGCACAACAAUCAGUACAUAAAUGUGGACCCUCUGCCUGGUAGCUUGGUUGUCAAUAUUGGAGAUAUGUUGCAGAUUGUGACAAAUGAUGAGUUCAUAAGCCCGGAUCACAGAGUUGUAGCCAACCAGGCUGGGCCAAGAAUCUCGGUUGCGGGUUUCUUCACCGGUGAUGGUAUUUCUGGGACGGUAUACAGCCCAAUCGUAUCAGAAAACAACCGCGCUCGAUACAAGGACUUCACAGUUAGAGACUACAUUUCCAAGUUUUUUGCGCGCCCAAUUGAUAAAUCUGGUCUUGAUGAAUUCAGGUUACAAGAUGAAGACAAUCCUCAAAUUUUAUCUCUUUGUUAUGACACUGUGUGAUUUAUUCUUAGUUUCACUUGGAUUAAAUCAAUAAUGAUAAUGUAAUAAUGACUUGCGUGAAAAAGUUUCAGUUUAGUGGAGGAACUGGUCUCCCAUGUCACUCAA